AUGCAUACAUCAUCCCUCCUCGCAACACUCCUCCCCGCCGCAGGAGCCUUCGCUCAAUACGGCUACGGCGCACAAGAAUCCUCCACAAACACCGCCUCCGCCGCCGCCUCCUCCUCCUCCAGCAUUGCCGGCGUCCACGUCGUCAAGGUCGGUGACGGCGGCCUCACCUUUGAGCCCAACAGCGUCACCGCCGCCGUCGGCGACGUCGUCGAGUUCCACUUCUACCCGCGCGCCCACUCCGUCGCCCAGUCCGCCUUUGACUCGCCAUGCCAGCCGCUGACUAACGGGUCCACGACGGGCUUCUUCAGCGGUCCGGUUCAGGUUGCGUCUGGUGUUGGGUCCGAGGUGUUUACUGUUGAGGUCAAGGAUACGAAUCCUAAGUGGUUUUACUGCGCUACUGGGCAGCAUUGCCAGGGCGGUAUGGUCGGUGUUAUCAAUGCUCCUGCCAGCGGUGCAAGGACCAUUGAGCAAUACGCCCAGGCUGCCGCCGCGGCGCAGUCCAACGUCGCUCCCAGCGCAACCGGCGGCGGCAGCCUCGGCUCCGCGGCCACCGGUAGCCCCAGCUCUGUCUCGAGCUCCCCCUCUGCUUCAUCCUCGUCGCAGCCCAGCGCUGGCAUCGAGGCCCGCGGCGACGUCCGCUGGGGCCUGCUCAGCUUGGGCAUGGCUGCCGCUGGUGUUGUUGGUGGACUUCUCAUCUAA